CGUGGCCCCAGCGCGGCUGGGAGCUGGGGACGAGUCCCCCCCCCCAACAACCUCUCUAUCCUGCCCCUGGGAGUACUCCCUCCACCACCACCCACACACACCAGCCCAGGGAGGGGUGCUCGCUGCUGUGAGAGCCCCCCCCAACAGAAAAAUUAAAUAACAGCAAGAGAGAGAAGGGGGGGAGGGAGAAGAGCGAGACAGAGAAACAGAAGAGGCAGGAGAGGAGGAGGUGGGGGGAGAGAGAGAGGGGGCAGCGGGAGGCCGAGAGGGAGAGAGUGAGGAGGAGAAGAAGGGGAGAAGGAAGAGGCAGGAGCAGAGGAGGGAGAGAGGGAGGAGGAGGAGGUGAGAGAAGCAGGAUGGAGACAUGGAGUUAGGAGGCUGGGGAGAGCUUAAUGAAAAGAGAGCGAAGAGGGGGGUGUGGGUUAGAAGCCCAGGGGUAACCCGAGGGAAAAGCAGAAGGCAGAGGAGAGGAGUAGGAAGACCGGGAGACAGAGGGAGACUCGAGGGCUUGGGGAGAGAGGCGAGGAAGGAGACACGCCGAGAAGGAGCAGGGGAGUGGGUGGGGUAGGGGGGUCUCAGUCCCCGGCUGCCUCAGAAAUUGGGAACUGGGGCUCCCCGUGUGGAGGAGAGGAAGGCUGCAAGUCCUUGGGGGGUCGGGGUUCCACAGAGAAGGGAAGGAGCUGGGGGGUUGGGGGUCAGGGCAUUGGGAUAGGGGUCGCCCCGAGGCUUCCCCGGGAUGGGGGGUGCAGCUCGUCUGAGCGCCCCUCGAGCGCUGGUACUCUGGGCAGUACUGGGGGCGGCAGCUCACAUCGGACCCGCACCUGACCCAGAGGACUGGUGGAGCUACAAGGAUAAUCUCCAGGGAAACUUCGUGCCAGGGCCUCCCUUCUGGGGCCUGGUGAACGCAGCCUGGAGUCUGUGUGCUGUGGGGAAGCGGCAGAGCCCUGUGGAUGUGGAGCUGAAGAGGGUCCUUUACGACCCCUUUCUGCCCCCACUGAGACUCAGCACUGGGGGAGAGAAGCUCCGGGGCACCCUGUACAAUACUGGUCGACACGUCUCCUUCCUGCCUGCGCCCCGGCCCGUGGUCAAUGUGUCAGGGGGGCCCCUCCUUUAUAGCCACCGGCUCAGCGAACUGCGGCUGCUAUUUGGAGCACGUGACGGAGCUGGCUCGGAACACCAGAUCAAUCACCAGGGGUUCUCUGCUGAGGUGCAGCUAAUCCACUUCAACCAAGAGCUCUACGGGAACCUCAGUGCCGCCUCCCGGGGCCCCAAUGGCCUGGCCAUUCUCAGUCUCUUUGUCAAUGUGGCUGGUAACUCAAACCCAUUCCUCAGCCGCCUCCUUAACCGUGACACCAUCACCCGCAUCUCCUACAAGAAUGAUGCCUACUUUCUUCAAGACCUGAGCCUGGAGCUCCUAUUCCCCGAAUCCUUUGGCUUCAUCACCUAUCAGGGCUCUCUCAGCACCCCACCCUGCUCGGAGACUGUUACCUGGAUCCUCAUUGACAGGGCCCUCAAUAUCACCUCCCUCCAGAUGCACUCCCUGAGACUCCUGAGCCAGAAUCCUCCGUCCCAGAUCUUCCAGAGCCUCAGUGGGAACGGCCGGCCCCUGCAGCCCUUGGCCCACAGGGCCUUGAGGGGCAACAGGGACCCCAGGCACCCCGAGAGGCGCUGCCGAGGCCCCAACUACCGCCUGCAUGUGGAUGGUGCCCCCCACGGUCGCUGAGACUCCCCAUCGAGGAUUGCGCCUGCCUUGCCCAAGCCUCCCCACAGAGGGAGGGGAGUCACCCCCAAAACAAAGCUAUUAAAGGGACAGAAUACUUCCUGUA